UGAAUUUUAACUUACCGGCUGGGGAAGAAUUGUUAUAUAGUCAUUUUGGGAUGAUCAUUCCUUGCGUGCUCCAAGUUUCAGUGUAGUAGUGCUUUUUAAAGCAAGGAACAAAAAAAUGUUCACCGGCUGUUUGCGAUUUUAGCUACUAGAGGGCGCUACUUGCAGAACUCAACUGGCGCGACUAGACUCGAUUCGACAGGCGCGCCAAGUGAUUUGAUAACUAGUCUAAAUGCUACAACGUGACGAUUAAGUGUGUGUCGUGUCGUGCCACUCUGCCGCUGUACAGACUGGAAAAAUUGUAACUAUUGUUUCCUUUUAAGGUAGACAUUGAAGAGUUUAUGGCACUGACAGAUCCAUCUGACUGGCCUGGAUCAAUGCCUGAUCUUCGGACUAUCGACAAUCUGCUACGAUGCUCCAUCUGCUUUGAGUAUUUGAAUGUGGCCAUGAUUAUACCAUCAUGCUCACAUAACUACUGCUCACUAUGCAUCAGGAGGUACAUGAAAUACAAGAGGCAAUGUCCGUCCUGCAACAUCGAGGUCAGUGCCUCGGAACUCUGCAACAACAGAACCCUGGAUGAAUUGGUCAAGACGUUCAUAGCCGUCAGACCGCACAUUUUGAAGUUGUGUAAAAAGUCUGAAGCAGAGGAACAGGCUGGUUGCCCUCCUCCGGACGAGGAGAAGACAUCAAAAAAGUCAGCCAGUCCUGUGCAAAAACAGCUUUCUGUCCCCAAAUCGAGCCCAAAGAAAUCUUCCUCGACCCUGACUGGUCAUUUCACUGCUUUCAAGCCCUCCAAAACUGCCUCAGUCCGUGCCUCAGAACACUCCCUUGGACACACGUCUUCAGACAUUGCGCAUAGGUCAGAUGUUACAAUCAAGACUGACCAAGAAAGUGAUUGGCUUCAGACACAGUCUUGCAACAGACACUCCACCCAUUCACUGGUUGAUCCAGACGACGGUGAUGUCAUUGACAUCUCAGAGGACUUUGAGACAGUCCAGCCUACUGCAUCGACUGGCAGUAGUCCAGCUGCUGGUCAGGCCACGCCCGUCCGUAGGCAUACCACGCCCAGUAGUAGUCAGGCCAUGCCCAGUGGCAGCCAGACCACACCCAGUGGCAGCCAGACCACGCCCAGUGGUAGCAGGGAUAAAGUGGAAUGUCCGGUUUGUAGCGUACCAGUGCCCACCAAAUACAUUAACACCCAUCUAGAUGCUUGCUUGAGAAGGACCGAGCAACAAGAAACAAACAAGAGAGUGACCAAGAGAAAGCGAAUACCUGCUAUGGUGUGGAAGCUAGUGCCAGAUAAAGACCUCAAGAAGAAGAUGAGAGAGUAUAACUUGUCUACCAAGGGAAAACGCCAUGAGGUAAUCAAGAGAUUAGAGGAGUUUAUACUGAUGUACAAUGCCCAGUGUGAUGCGGUCAACCCUAAAUCAGCCGAGGAAAUUGCCAGGGAAGUUGAGAGACUUGAGCAGCUCAAGAACCAACAACAACUCAAUGACAUGACAGUCAAUAAUCUGAAGGUAGAGAAAGGACAGACAGAAGAACAGAUGCAGAAGGCACGGCAAGAAUAUUUGUCAGCCAACAAGGAUCAGUUCCGUGAGUUAGUCGCCGCUGCACGGGCACAGAUGAACGCAGUCAAAAAGAAGUCCGGCAAAAAAGACACUGCUCAAGCCUCGACUUCCACCAAGACGUCUACCUCUGGUCUCAAAGAGGUUACGACCAAGAGCGGUCCAGCUUCCACUCUGGUUGAAAACUCGGCCAUUCAAGAACUCGACGUUGUGGUCAUCUUGGAGGAUGAGGUCGAGAAUAGGGGCGAUGAUAGCAGAACGUCAGAAGGCUCCGAAAUCAUAAAUAAUGAUGGUGCAGAGUUGAACAGAACUGAAUGUUUGUUCUCAGAUGGAGAGGAGAAUGAGCAUGGAAGCAACGGGAGAAUCAGCAACUGUGAUACCGAAACGCCAGAGAAUAAUCCUUAUGUCAAGCAAGAUUCUGAUGUGGUGCUUGCUGAAGAGCCAAAUAAAGUAGAGAGCAGCCAUCCAAUGAGUGGAGGCCUUUUGGAUUCAGACACAGCAGCUGUCCACAAUGGAAUUGCUGAAGGUGCAUUUUCUGGAGAUUUAGUAGCUGGUUUCUCUGGGUCUGGUAUUCACCAGCAGUCUGACUGUAAAAUUUUGGUUCCAUCCUCGCCAAGCGUUGCAUCAAAGGACGGGACAAAUGAAAGUCAGUCGCAGAGCAUAUCAGCAAGGGAGAACAAGAGUGAAACCUCUAGCCUGAGUAGUGACCCUGCGCCUGAUUCUCAAGACCUUCUGUGUAUUCCUGAAAGCCCUUUGUCUGUCGUGGCUGAGACAAGGCGCCGUAAACGGAAGAAGCAAGACUGUGGUAGCAAUGCCAGCGACAGCGGCAGCUCAUUUGGAGACGGGGACACCGUGUUGAGACGUAGUAAGAGAGAAAGAAAGACUGUUAAGUAGGCGGAUGUUUCAACAGGCACAUUGUUUACACUCAUGCCAGUGCCUAAUGGCUUCGUACGUGAACUAACGAGGGCAGUCUGUGUAGUAUAAUAGGGGGGGGGCAAAGGGUGUGGUCAAAGGAUUCAUACAUGCUGUUUAUUAAUGAACAAUUGACUUAAUGCUCACUUGGGAAGAGAUUAGCCACACAGUGAGUGAAAUGAGAUUGGUUCCAAGUCUCUUUAUUAUGUUCUAGAAUCAAAAGACAGUGCGAGCACCUGCCCAGAAGUAAUGUGGACCAUACUGGUUCACUUGCUCUCUCAUCAGCUGGUAACCUACAAGAGUCAUUGAGUACUAGGGACAUGCUUUACUUGGCAGCAAUGGCUUAAGUGUCACUACCAAUCCCUGUGCAGGGAGUGUGCAUUGUGAACGACACGUGCAUUUAUCAUGAGAAAACCCAGACGCUCAUUUUUUCCAACUUGAAAACAUUAUGCAUGUCUUAUGUGAUCAUGCCUCAUUGUUUUCCUGCCCGUUAUCAAUUGAAGUGUCAACCUGUUCCUUGAUUUUUGCAUUCAUCACAUCUUCGUCAUUUGAUAAACGGUUUUCAAUGCCUCAUUUAAUGCUAUUUAAAUAUCAUGUAUGCUUCAGAAACAAUUGAAAUUUUAGGACGUUGAAAUGGGCAUUCACAAACAGCAACUAAUUAUUUCAAGGUUUAUUUUAUUCAAUUUAUUUCAAGGAAGAUUUGGACCAUUGUUCAAUGAUGAUGUGUAUGCCGUCUUUUAUUUUGCUGUCAAAAAGAAUUGUUUCCUGGUGCAUAUUUUGCUGAUGCAUGCUUUGCAAAGCAGUGGUAAAAAAAAGAUGAACAAUUUUACUUGUCCCCAUUAGCUGUAAUCUGCUCAAGGUGAGAACGGGACAGCAUUGCUUUUGCGUGGCAAUGACAGCAUUUUCAGUGAAAUCUCUGGUCAUUUCUUGCAGCAACAAACUGAUGGCAUGAACAGGCCACAUUGUGUUUACGAAUAAAGAGCACUUUUAUGAAUAAAUUUACAGUCAUCUUUAUUCAUUGUAGGCUUUACAUCAUUAGAUAUGUCCUUUGUUAUUCAUAGAAUAUAUCACAAUAACCAGAAAUGAAAAUUAAUCCUUACCAACCCAGAUGAGAAAAAUUAACAUUAUUUUGAGGUAUUUUGUCUAGUUUGGACUGGAAGGACUGUACUUAAGAGCCUGGCAUCAUAAUUUUGUCCCAAGGUAAAAAAAAAAGCAUUAUGUUACUGUAACACCCUUUGAUUUGAUAUUUUUCACACUGCAAACUGCAUGAUCAUUCGUAUUCCUUCAUGGUGCACCUUGCAAAGCUUUAAACAUGAUCAAAUACAGAUACCUUCCUGGCCAAAAUGCCUGGAGACUUUCUGAUAACAGCUCAUCAUACAAUUAUCCUGUAAAAUGUAUGUACAAACCACAAUGUACAUGAAGUGCAUGUUAAGCUGCACAUCAACAGGGCUUUUUGGGGGGGAGGGGUUAAAAAUACCAUACACUAUUGUCUUUGUAAAAUACAAAGCAAAGUAAUAUUUGAAAGAAGUCUUUGUCUGUGAAUCUGCAUUAUUUACGGAAAGAAAUUUCUGAGAUUCGAAAACAGUUGACGGAAAACAUCUACAUGUACAACAAAUUCAGUGUGAAGAUCUAAAUAAUAUUUUACAUACAUAUAUGCAGAUUUAGGAAAAAGACAGCUGGAAAAUGUGAUU